UUCUUUAUUUCCAAUAGCAUGAGGGGAGGGAACCACCAACCUUGGCCCUGUAUGGCCAUCCGAACAUGGUUCAGUCAUGGUACAGGAUGCUUCCUCGUAGAGUGAAGGAGAUGGUUGAUUCAUCAUACUUGUACUGGUUAGCCCUUGUAGAAACCCAGAAGUUCAAUCUGGCACUGGUGGGGGCCCUAAUGGAGCGGUGGUGGCCGAGUUCUCAUUCUUUUUAUCUUCUUAUUGGCAAGAUCACCAUCAUGCCUCUAUGCUUUUUAUGCCUUGACAGGCAUUCCAUAUGGGGGUAGACCUAUGGCCUUACUUGGGACUUCGACUGUCAGGGAGUUUGCAGACUUGACAGGCCUUACUAUUGUGGCUAACCAGAUAUAUAUCCGUCUAGGGGAGAUCAGUGCAUGAUGGUGGAGAACUGGCCUGUGGGUGAACCUAGGCAAUAUGGCAUAGGUGGCCCAUUCUUUCUUGCUAUUUGUUGUGGGUCAAUGCCUUUUUAGUGACCUCCGAGGGGGAGUAGACAUUUGCUUGGUGUUCUUCUUUCAGAAUCUUGAGGCAGUAGAUUCUUGGGACUAGGGUGGGGCUACCUAUGCAUAUCUCUUGCGGACCCUAAAUCUGUUGUCAUAUGGAGACCGAGGUCUCAAAGACGCGGGCUUCAUCCUCCAGCCUUGGUGCUUUGAGCACUUGGGGAUUUUAACUUCCAGACAGAGGGAGCGUCAGGCAUUUUUCUUCCCUAUAGCCACAAGGUGGGGAGAUAAUCAGGUGCUUAGGGCUCGACGCCAUCCUCCGGGGACCACUACUCAUUCUCUUUUAAACAAUCUCACUGAGGUAUGCCACAUUUGAUACUGAAAUUCCUUUUAUCUUGUGCUAUGCUUACUUUUCCUUGGAUUUGUAGGUCACUUGGAGACCAUUCCAGUGCCUUAUAUUUUCAGAUUCUGAUGGAGUUACAUUGGCUGGACAAUUAUCUAAGAACCGAGUCCUUUCCAGGGCAUAUGGGGCCACGUCUGGUAUCUGGGAGAGAGAGUAGUUCCCUAGUGGUUGGAUGUCGAGUCACGCUUCUCUCCCAAUCUUCCUCCACCCACUAUGCACUGCUCAGAGGUCAUCCGUGCGGACGAGAUUGAGAGUUUGACUGAAGGAGUAUGGGAUGACUCAUUUUUUGACAGGCAUAGGGACUACAGAGCAUUCCUGGAGGAGGAGAUAGUAUGCACCCCUCUUGGUCCUAAUGGUCCAGUGGUAUAUUGCCCUUUCUUGAGUAUUUCCUUCAAAUUCUUUCUUCUUUUGGUCUGGAGUGAUGUUCUUUCAGGGGAGAACACGAUGUGUAGACCCUUCUAUUGUUCGGUCGCACAUCAGUGCUGUUGAUCCUUCAAAAGCGGGACCCUCUACUAGUGCAGGUGGGUCUCUCGUAGUAGCCAACAUCCCCUUCUGUGGUUUCCCUGCUUGGUGCUAUCCCAAUGCGGCCAACCCAAGUCUCCCCCAUCUUCUGGAGCGGAGAACAGAUGUAGAUGUUUCCCUUGGGCUGCCCAUUCCUUAUGACUAUGUGUCUCAGGAGGUCUAUUCUGAGAUCAGGAGGAUGCAUUAUGGCCUGUGCGAGGCAAUGGUUGCCAAGGAUGGGAGGAUGGCCACCUUGGAGAGCCAAGCUAGUUCCUAUGAGCAGAAAAUUGCACAGCAAGAUGCACUGAUUUAGGACAUGACACAGAGGCUGAAGCAGACUGGACUAGCAUCCGUGAGUUCCCCUAUACUCCAUGGGGAUGAUUCAGAGUAUGGUUCAAAUGAUGACUUUUGACC